CGAUAAAUGAUCCAGCUUGCCGUCUUUUCCUUUUUUUUCAUGUCCUUCCCAGGCUAUGAUAGCAUUCAACUGCGACCGACAAUCUUCCAUUCCCAAACUCCAGAUUUUGUUUCUCGAUUGCGCGCGCACAUACAACCCACCAGAACUGCAGCAUUCGCGUCAGCUUGACACUAACAAUAAGUACCCCACUCAAAGUGACAGUCGAUAAACACCAACAUCAUUCAUCACCAGAUUCGCGACCCAUAUCACUCAGCCAUGGCGUCCGAAAUCCCCCCGACGAUGCGCGCCUGGCAGUAUUCACAGACCACGGGUGGCCUGGAACAAAACUUGGUGCUCAAGGACGAUGUUCCCGUGCCCACCCUCUCGCCGCGUGUGGGAGACAAGGAGCUGCUCAUUGAGGUUCUCAGCGCGAGCAUCAACCCUUCGGACUACAAGAUCGCCGAACUGCCCCUGAAUCUGGGCCGUGCUGUCGUUCGCACGCCUGCCACUCCCGCCUGGGACUUUUGCGGCCGCGUCGUCAAGACCACCAACAUCGUCGACAACUUUCGUGUCGGCGAGAUUGUCUUUGGCCGACAAGCCCCUACUCAGCACGGCGCUUGCGGCCAGUACAUUGUGGCAAGCGCAAAUGCUUGUGCCUCCCUGCCCUCGGGUGUUGAUGUUGACGAGGCUGCCUCUCUGCCCUGUGCUGGAUUGACCGCCUAUCAGACCAUUGCCCCCAACGUCAAGCCUGGCGACAAGGUCUUCCUCAAUGGCGGUUCCGGUGGUGUCGGCUCCUUUGGCAUCCAAAUCGCAAAGGCCCUCGGCUGCCAUGUCACCGUCUCGUGCUCUGCCGCCAAGGCCGAGCAAUGCAAGGCUCUGGGUGCCGACGACAUCAUUGACUAUACAGCUGUCGAUGUCUGCCAGGCCUUAAAAGAGCGCGGUCAGGUCUUCAAGCUCUCUGUCGACAAUGUCGGUCUUCCGGCGGAACUGUACAAGGCCGGCGAUGACUAUCUCCUGCCCGAUGGAAAGUUCGUGCAGGUCGGUGGGCCUGUGUCCUUGGCUGCCCUAUCUUCAACCAUGUCCAGGCUAUUAAGACCCUCGUUUCUCGGUGGCGGAAAACGCAAGUUUCAGUUGUACACUCUGAUGGGCGAUCAACACCAAGACUUGGCUAUACUCGGCCAGAUGGUCGCAGAGGGCAAAAUCAAGCCUGUAGUCGAGCAUGCCUAUGAUUUUGAGGAUGUCCCGACAGCCUUCAGGGACCUCAGGAAGGGCAAGACUCAUGGCAAGCUGGUCAUUCACGUUUCGGAAAAGGGUGCAUAAGGAACAGGUGGUCCCUUUGCUGCCGGAAUCGGUCUUUUCUGCAGCAUCCCCGCUUUCUCUGCGGACAAGUUACUUGUGCAGGGCACAAUGGUUCAGGCAGUAACCAUAGCUGUCAUAUAAAGCUCCUUACUACUGUCAUGUCAUCAGACCCUUUUCCUUCUCGUCGCAACCUCCAUCAAGUACGAAACUGGACAAGCCUACUGAUACAUACUCGCCAUCUACUCUGCUCCAAUAAGUAAAGGAGCCCCCAGACGGAAUAGCACAGAAGAACAACGUCCGUGUAAUUGUCAAAACCCACACAGGCGGACUAUUUGGCAUUGCCAUUUUGUUUCUUUGGCAGCUGUUAAUCAUCAAGCCACAUUUCCACAUCGAUUUCCGCGAAUCAGAUAUUCCACAGCCCAUUUCGUCCACAUCGAGAGAAGGGACAGAAACCCCCCUUCCCGGAGAUGGUGAGCUUCAGGCAACGCGUUUCCGCA